UUUAUAGGUUUUUAAGUGUGUACAUUUCAAUUUUAUUUUUUUAAUUUUGACAAAAAAUAAGCAGUGGCGCUAUACAUUUGAUUUUAAAUUUAUAUAUUUUCUUUAUUUUUUAAUACUGAUAAUGAUGUGGAAGUAUUGAUUCCAUUGGCAGCUGGCAGCGGUUUUUUUCUUUUUAAGAUGUAUGGGGGUUUCAGCAGAAUAAGUUUAUGGUAAAUUUAGUGACAAAUUCCCAUAAAAUUUUGAACGAAAAUAAUGAUACAACUUCUUCAAAUAUGGAUUGAAAUAUGCAUCAGCUUCGCAAAUGGUCAAAGGAAAUAGCGACAAUGAUGCUUUAGUGACAAAUACAAACAAUGACAAAACUGAUGGUGAUUGUGUUGAACUCCAGAAAGAAAUAGAAGAAGCUCUUAAAGUUUUGAUGAAUGACUGUGGGGAACAAAAUGAAGAAUUAUUAUCACUAAGCGAUCACUAUUGCGCUGCAGAAACGGUAUCUUCCAAUCUGGAAAGUGACUACAGGAAUAACGGGCAAGACAAUUUAAGACCUAAUGAUAAUUAUAUUAAGAAGCCUGCUACUUCAACUAUUAUGGUCAACCAGGAGGCAGAUUAUACUGAUACUGCCCAGCCUGGUACUUCAGGUAUUUCUAUGACCAACCAGGAUAAUGAUGAAGACUUUGUAUCAAAUGAAAGUGAUUAUGAAGAGAGCGAAGAUGAUCUUGAUAUGAGUCAACCCAUGGAAAAGGAAAAUUCAGAUAAAGAAGAUAGUGGACCAGAAAAUAAUGAGAUUGAAACCAUUGAAGAAGAAUACGUUGAAAUCAGUAGAAGAAAAAGGAAGCGAAAGGCUGACACUGCCUGUUGGAAAAGACAAGAAUGUAAAAUUAAACGUGAAAAGGGUGAAAAAUAUGAUGAGCUAAGGAAAAAUACAGACGGAAAAUGGACAACUUAUGCAGCAAAACCACCUCGUAAAAUGAAACAUUUCUGUAACUUUAAGAUGUCGGGAAAAUCUUUGAAAAUACGAUGCCGUUUUUUUACAGAAGAAGAUAGAUAACAGAUUUUUUAUCUAUUCUGGAAAAACAUGACUUGGCCUGAAAAGAAAAUUUAUAUUUCAUAUUUUUUAGGAACAGGGGCGUUCUGAGUCACAGAACCCUGUGAUGGAAGCAGUGAACGUGGCGGCACCACAUGCAGUUGUGAUGAUGUCGUGUAAAUGGGACAUGACAGGCGUCUACGAGAGACAACAGCCAGAGGAAACGUCAGAUACUACAAUGCCAUGAAGUGGUUUUGUAAAAAGGGGAGGAGCCAGAGGAUAUUUAUCCGUCCACUUCUGGGUUGGGCAUUUAAAAAUUGUCGAUGCGACUUCAAAGACCACCACCUUCACAGCUGACCGUCCAUUAUGUGCUGCCAAACAAACGGCUAGUCGAACUGGGUGACAAGGUCGGGCUGCCCAAAAAGAGGCAGACAUAAGGAUGCAUAAGGUGGAAGAGAGCAUCCAGCAACAACUCCAACUAGACAGUAUUAGACAAAAAAUUGAAGAGGAAAACCUGCAGGCAGCAGUUUUAAGAAAAAAAGUAGCGGAGAAAAACCUGCGGACCACCACAGAAUCCCGAAAAAGGCUGAGACGGAGGCUGAGCUAGCUAUGCUACAAAUGC